CUUGUUUGAAACAAAAGGGGGGGAGGACAACACAUGCAGGCACUACCUCCCUCUCUCUCUGGGUCUCUCUGAGCUUUCUCCCAGGCACUACCUCCCCCUCUCUCUCAAAAAUAUUUUCUGACUAAGUUGCAGCUUCUUGAUACAAGAAAAUGGUGAAAGUAAAGCUGGACGUGGGCUGUAACCACUCCAUCCAACUCUCUUUCUCUUUCUUCCAUUCUCACACCAAUUCUUCACACCAUUCACACAACACACACAAGGCACAACACACAAUGGCACACCACACAUAGAGCAACACAACCCAGACACACAUGUACACACGGCAGACCCAUGCACACGGGCACACACCCAGCAUAACCACCACACAGCACCAUGCCCACACCGCACACACUGCCACUCUCUCCCCCACACACACGGCACAUACAGCACAAACAACACCAACCCAGUAAACACACACACACAGCCCAUAUACUCAAUAAUCAACACAGCACACACACCCACUAUGAUCUCUCUCUCUCCGAUCCCAUGCACACACACUACUACACACACACGGCCACCUCUCUCUCUUCCACACACAAGACACACUGCUACACACCACACACGCAUGCAGUCGAUACACAUUCACACACAUGCAGACAGAUUGAUAUAGAUUCACACACCCAGCACACAGGGAUAGGGGCUGAACACACACACACACAAGUUGGAUCUCUCUCUUUCUCUCGCACGAAACACACCACCCAUCACAGAGCAAAACACACACACGGACACACUCAUACACACGGCACAUGCAUACACAUGCACACUGCCACAGACAUCACCGCUGCCAUCACCACGCCGCAGUAGCAGCAACCACGGGAGGCACCACAUCACAGCAGCAGCAGCCAUGGGAGUCACUUCUCCAUUCAUACUUCCGGUGAUAAUUGUUGCACGUUGGACUCAUUUCUAGCAACGGGCUGUUUACUGCCGUGUGUGCUGGCUGCUGGUGGGUUUUCAGAGGUCGCCAACAUGUCCAACUGACGGUGUGACCCUGGUUUGGUAGGUGCAUGGCGUGGGUGGGUGCAUGGUGUCAAGGCUCAAUGCGUGUAUCUAUUAUUGUAGGUAACAGGUAUAAGAGAUGUAGUUCCUCCACCAUUACAGAGAGAACUUUCUGAUGUCUACAUUGCCACAGAACUCAUGGACACUGAUCUUCACCAAAUAAUUCGAUCUAAACAAAGUUUAUCAGAGGAACACUGUCAGUACUUGUAUCAAAUCCUUCGAGGACUGAAAUAUAUACAUUCUGCAAAUGUUAUUCAUAGAGAUUUGAAACCCAGCAACCUCUUGGUGAACGCAAAUUGUGAUUUGAAGAUCUGUGAUUUUGGUCUUGCUCGACCAACUUCAGAGACUCAGUUCAUGACCGAAUAUGUUGUCACCAGAUGGUACAGGGCACCUGAGCUUUUGUUAAACUCUUCAGACUACACUGCUGCUAUUGAUGUGUGGUCCGUGGGUUGCAUCUUUAUGGAGCUUAUGAACAGAAAGCCUUUACUUGCGGGUAAAGACCAUGUGCAUCAGCUGCGCUUAUUGAUAGAGCUUCUUGGCACACGCACCGAAUCAGAUAUUGGGUUCAUUCGGAGCAUAGAUGCAAGAAGCUAUAUCUGUCAACUACCCCAACAUCCUCGGCAGCAGUUAGCAAAGGUUUUCCCACAUGUCCAUCCAUUAGCUGUUGAUCUUGUUGAUAAAAUGUUGACAUUUGAUCCUGCUAAAAGAAUUACAGUUGAGGAAGCAUUAGCCCAUCCUUACCUUGCAAGAUUACAUGACGCAGCUGAUGAACCAGUCUGCCUAGAGCCAUUCUCCUUUGAUUUUGAACAAGCCUUGGGCGAAGAGCAGAUAAAGGAUAUGAUUUACCAGGAGGCCUUAGCACUCAAUCCGGAGUAUGCAUAAUGCAAAAAACAAAAUCCAUGUCAGCUUCUCUAUAUAACAAGUCUGUAAGUCCAGUUCUGCUCAGAUGAGAAGAUCACUGCAAUUGAAAUAUUGCAACCAGUAGAGCAAACUCCUUUUCAACAAUCCAAUUUAUAAUGUACUGAUCAAAUAGCUAAGAUCAUCCUCUCAAUCGGAUUCGAUCUGGCAUUAUUUAAUUGUGUGGUGUUUGGAUCUUGGAUUUUGUCAUAAAAGGGAAGAGAUUUGUGAAAAAAAA